UUUUCCUAGAGGUUAGCGCCUACUUUUCCAGCGGCUAGCAGCGCAGCUUAGGCAGUGUGACAUUUUUGCAUGACUACUCACUGCAAAAUCAGAACUGGGAAACUGAAAAGCAGACAGAGCACACCUAGAAUAACGUGUGCUGCUGUUUGGUGUAGUCAUGUAGCGACGACACGACGAGUGAGGAGUAACAGAAUCAGUCGUUGUGAACUGCCACUUUCAACCAAAACAAUGUGGACUGAUGACCUGUGGACUCUUAUUAGCAGCCUGUCAUAUCAAGGAUGGAUAAAGGUGGAGUGAAGAAGAUAGCGUACAGAAGAAAGAACCAUCUAAGCAAACUGGUCUACACUGAAAGCCCUGAGGAGGGAGGUCUUCUGAAGGUGGCUCCUCACAGUGCCAUGCCCAUCACCUCUGCUCCUGUUGUUCUUCCAUCCAGCCCAUUAAUGCAGCCUGGACAGGUGACCAACGGCCUCAGCAACAGCCCAUUUCCGGAGGAGCUCGCCUCAGCCCCUGCCGCCAUCGGUUCCUUGGUUGAAAUUUCAGAAACCAGGGGACUGACCAAAGAUCAGACGCCCGAAGAGCUGCAGUUAUUCCAGACACAGACUUCUAAUACCUUUGGGCAUCAGGUCCUUCCCCAGUUGGAUGCCAGUAUGACAGACAUUACUCAGUCCUCCAUGGAUUCUCUCAUUGGGGGGUCAGAUCCCAACUUAUUCGCUGUGAAAACUGAGGAUUUCUCCAUGGAUAAAGGCGAGCAGGACCCCAGUGAUCUGGACCAUGACUUUGACCAUAUUGGUAAUGUGGACAUGAACCAGAAACUGUUCAACGAAACCAGUCUGGACCUCCUUCAGGAGUUUGAUCUCACUGCAUCCCCCUCAGAUUUUUACGUAGGGGAUGAUGCCUUUUUGUCCACGCUGGCAGACGAUUCUUUGCUCACAGACGGGGACAUGAGAGGGACAUCCGAGAGGGACAUGAAACCUCCUGCGGUGGAGAGCAUCAACACGUCUGGGUCACUCACCGGUGUUUGUGACAGCAGCAAAUUGACAAGCCCACAUGAAUCCAGCAUAGGUUUGUCCAAGUCUGCUUCUUUAACCCCUACAACCACUUUUCCAGCCGUGGUGAAAAAAGAAAAAGAUGCCGGCUUCAUUCAGCUCUGCACGCCAGGCGUGAUCAAGCAGGAGAAGACUUCUGCGGGAUAUUGUCAAAUGGGUGGCUCAAGUCCCAUCUCUAUCUGUGGGGUGAGCACUUCAGGGGGACAGAGUUACCACUUUGGGAUCAACGCCAGAAACAACGAUGCUCUGCAGGAGAAGGACCAGAAACCAGGCUUGUUCCUCCCAGUAAUGACCAUCGGUGGAGCCUGGAGCAGGAACCAGGGCGACGCCUCAGCAAUCCGCAGGGCCAGUGAGAUUUUGUCAAGUUCUCCCUCCUUCUCAUUUGCCAGUUCCAUCUCCAGACAGGAAGGGGGCACUCCAACAUCCACGACGCAGGGAAAGAGCGGGACUCAUAAAAUCUGUCUGGUGUGCUCUGAUGAGGCUUCAGGCUGCCAUUAUGGGGUCCUCACCUGUGGCAGCUGCAAGGUCUUCUUCAAGAGAGCAGUGGAAGGCCAACAUAAUUACCUGUGUGCUGGGAGGAAUGACUGUAUUAUAGACAAAAUCAGGCGAAAGAACUGCCCAGCCUGCCGCUUUCGCAAAUGCCUGAUGGCAGGCAUGAACCUGGAAGCUCGCAAAACCAAGAAGUUGAAUCGCCUAAAGGGCAGCCAGAACAGCAACCCACCAGAGUUGAUGCCUUCGCUGCCUGUCGAGGCCCGCUCCCUAGUGCCCAAGGGCAUGCCACAGCUCGUACCCACUAUGCUGUCCCUGCUGAAGGCCAUAGAGCCGGACACCAUCUUCGCCGGCUAUGACAUCACGCUCCCCGACACCUCCACGCGCCUCAUGAGCACCCUAAACAGGCUGGGUGGGCGACAGGUCAUCUCUGCUGUGAAGUGGGCCAAGGCUCUGCCAGGUUUCAAGAACCUGCAUCUGGACGACCAGAUGACCCUACUGCAGUACUCCUGGCUUUUCCUCAUGGCUUUUGGCCUGGGCUGGAGGUCUUACCAGCAGUGCAACGGCAACAUGCUCUGCUUCGCACCAGACCUCGUCAUUAACGAGGAGCGAAUGAAGCUGCCCUACAUGGCCCAGCAGUUUGAGCAGAUGCUGAAGAUUUCCAGCGAGUUCGUCAGGCUGCAGGUUUCCCACGAGGAGUAUCUGUGCAUGAAGGUCCUGCUGAUGCUCAGCACAGUGCCUAAGGACGGCCUGAAGAGCCAGGUGGUGUUCGAUGAGAUCCGGAUGUCCUACAUCAAGGAGCUGGGAAAAGCCAUAGUGAAACGUGAGGAGAACUCCAGUCAGAACUGGCAGCGUUUCUACCAGCUCACCAAGUUGCUGGACUCCAUGCACGAGAUGGGUAGUGGAUUGCUCAGCUUCUGCUUCUACACCUUCGUGAAUAAAUUCCUGAGCGUGGAGUUCCCCGAGAUGCUGGCAGAGAUCAUCAGCAAUCAGCUACCAAAAUUCAAGGCUGGGAGCGUCAAACCUCUGCUCUUCCACCAGAAGUGACUGUUUCCCGUAGCAGCAACAAUGCCUUAAACUCCCGCCACGUCACCUCACCAGGCAGACAAGACCCCUACCCUCGCCCCAACCCUUCACCCGUAUGAAAUGAGCAACGACGGAAAGGACUUUACGCCAGCAGGGAGCAGCGUUUCACAGCAGCGAGCAUACAUCUCUGUGUGAAGUAGGCUGAUGGGUCUGGUGGGGUGGGAAAGCAAUGUUUGUGUAGGAACCAGACCGCGAGCACAAGACGUUUCGCUGUGUUGAACAGUGUAAGAUGUUGGAGGUGUCUAAUAACGAGUAGGAAAUGUUUCUAAAGCUAAUGGCAAAGAGAAAUAGGUUAACAUUAACGUCGUCUCAGGUGUCUUACCUUGAAAUUCAGAGCGAUAUCUGAAAUACAUACAACAAAUAUCUAUGUAAAGGUUCUGAUAGUAUUUUCUACAUUUUCAAAGUGACAGUUUAUACAGUUUUCCAGGGUGUCGUUGCCUACGAAGGUAGCAAAUCGGAAUAACGCGCUCUUAUUAUGUAGGCUUUUUAUGUUCCACUUUUAGUUUUUAUAGGAGGUUGUAAUGAAAUGUUUUUCAGUCGCACAGAUACAACAACAAAAAACUGUUUUCUAGUGAUUUUCAAAAGCAUAUUUAAAUUGCUUUAACUAUGAGCUUAUAAAGUUGUGUGGGCCUGUUAGCUAAAGGAAAAUCUCCCACAAGCAGACCUCUUCCAGGUUUACAUGUCAAUUAUAAAAGGGAAAAAGAUGUGCCUUUUUUGCUUCAAAUAUCAUCUAAGCCAUUUUUUUCCUGCUCUACUUCAACCUCUUAUCAUCUACCUUCAUUAUAAGUUGAUUGUACUUUUUUAUAUUACACGCAGUCGCAGCUUCCCUCUUUUCUAGUGGCUGUUUAUCGUUACAAAUGGCAGCUCGCUCCAUCCUCUGUGUAGAAGUGUUGUUCUUGCUAGGAAACGAUAUUUAGCCCGCUUCCCUUCCCCCGCGAGCCGACUCGCGCAGACACCGCCGCGUUCAUCGCGACAUGAGCACUUUGCGCCCUGCUUUAAAAGACUGUGAAGAUAGAUUUGUUGUUGUGUGUCAGUCUUUCAAGGAAGCCUUAAGAUGGAAAGUGUGAACAGUUUUUUUCUUCUUGCCCCAGUAGUCUAAUAUUAGAAAAUAUGUGAUGGAUACAUGCGUUCUUUUCACAAUUGAAAGGGCAUGUAUUGUUUUGCUUUCAAGUUUGUCGUUUUUGAUAUUAGGGAGUACUAAUAUCUGUAGAUUUACUGCGGCUAAAAGUGGUUAGAAAAUAACCGUCCCCCACCUUUGCUCUUUUUAUUAUUUUUAACAAUCUUUUUGGUAUUACAGUCAUAAUUCCUCUAAAGACUCUUCCUCUGCAGUAUAUCUGUUGCUCUUCAUAAUAAUUGGCUUUGGGUAUUUUUAUUUCUUAAACCGCAUAUGUUUUCUUUAAGGAAUAGUUGACAUUUUGGGGAAAAAUCAGUUAAUGUUUUGCAAGGAUGAAGACUGGUACUACUCUCAUGUCUCUGCCAUAAACAUAAAGACUAGAUUAAGCCUAAACAUUCAUUCAUCUCUGUCUGAAUGAAACAAAGCACUUAACUAUUGACUAUCGACUGGUUAUGAUUUUGCUCUGUCCUGCACCAUAGAAGGCUAUAGAGAUGCUUUAUUGUCAAUAAAAAUACAAUAUUAUUCCAAGAUAGAUGGAAUCGAUUGAUACUCAUGUUUUUGUCAUGCCUGAUUUUAUGUAGUUAUAUAAUUAAUACAUCAGAUAGCAGCAAAGGGCUUCUGGUGCGAUGCUGUUAGUCAACAGUGAUAGUCAGGGGGCCGAACAGACAACCUUGAGGGCACCCACCACUGAAUUGUGUCCAGUCUUUAGGCUUUAGGAAUACUACCAAGACAUGAUCUGUAUUAAUGUCAAGUCUAAGCAAGAACACAAAUAUAAAUGUUUCCAUAAAUAUGAAUACAAUCCUAGUUAACAGAAUAAGUAAAGGCUUGCAUAAACGGCACGUUUGAUCAGGCUUUGGUAGAUCCCAUCAACCUCCCACAGAUGCUGAUAACGAAGCCCCUCUGCUCCUUCUGCAGCCCAAAUUAACCUGAAGUUUGUGAGUAUGUUGCACCCUUUGCAUGUGUCUUGAUUGUGUGUCUGCUGUGUAGCCGUGCCCCUCCCCCGCUGCAGUUUUACAGCACUUUGCAUCAGUUACCACGUCGCAGUUAAAAAGAGUCCCAUUACUGAGUGGAGAGGUGGCCAGAACUGAUCCUUAUUCUUCUCUGGGAACUGUUUUUUCAGUGCCAAACUCUUGUUUUUGUCUAUCUUCCGGGAUGCUGGAAGUUGGUCAGUAUUUUUUUAAAUUAUCAGACAAAUCCAAGCAUUAAAGCAUAAACACUUAUCUGGUGGAAUGAGGAAAAAGUCCUGAGCUGCCUGACCCUCAGUCCCAUGCAGUAAGGAGGGGUCAGCAGGGGUCUUUGAUUGGUGCGUUGCAACAUUUUUCAUCUAAUUUGCGUAGCUUGUCGCCUGUGUGUCUCCUAACACCCAAUCUCUCUUUUUUAUUUUAAGGUUUUACUAUGAAUGUGAUAUUUAGCGAGUUCUUAAUAAAUUAGAUAUGAGCUGUUAUUGGUAGAUGAUACGUUGUGAGCUGUCAGAAAGAAACAAAAUAUGUCAAGUGAACUACUGCAAAGUGCUCACUUCUAUAUAUAAAUAUAAAAUACGACAAAGCGUACUGUUUUUUGUAAAUGUUUAUCCCAAAUACAGAAAAAGUACCUAUAUAUGUUUUACUCUGCUCCAGAGCUCAGGUUUUAAAAACAGAUGAUCCGAUUCACACACUAUCUGUUAACGUCCACCUUGUGUUCAGAGGUGAAGAACCAAACGCAUACGACAGCUUCACACACACGUGUCUGCUUCUGUGCUUUAUGGUGUUUUAUUGUUAAAAGUCAGCUUACAGAUGUGCAAAGUUUUAAGGAAUCUGCCUCCGCCGCUCAUACGUCUGUAGACUCUAACAAACAUUCUGUUUUUCUUCGAGAUUUAACCGGAAUAGAUGAAAACCAUCCUCGCUACCUGUUAGAGGGUUACUUUCACAUUCAGUGUAUCCAAAUCUCUGCUGCUGCUCUUCAUCUUUACAAGUAUAUAUAUAUAUAUAUAGAGAGAAAGAGAUAGAUAUAUGUAUAUACAUAUAUAUAUAUAUAUAUAUGUCCAAGAAAUCGCACACUUGCCUCAUCUUGCCCAAAAAUGUAUUCUGUUUACUUUCCUAUACAUUUUUGGGCGCAACUGAAUAUGCAAUAGAAGAGACAGAUAAUCUAUCACCUACAACCCAUUUUUUUCAUACUUUUUAACACAGUAUAAGCUACUUUCAUACAGGGGAUUUCACUUCUAACUUUUAUCUCUGCAGGCCAGAUUUUCUUGGGGGAAAUAUUCAGGAAAUUGUAAUCGGACUCACACAAACCACCUGUUUGAUGUUUGAGUACAAGGUGACCAAAGGUGACAUAUUACACAUAAUGUCAGCGUCAACUAUGGUGGUCUGGCAUGACAAAUUGUACAGGUCCCCCCCCCCCUCCUUUUUUCUUUUUAACAAGUCUUUAGUCAAAUUGUGAAAUACUGUGAAUAGAAUAGGACUCGGGCUUUUUCAUACACAAACUGUUUGUGAAAGUAAUCAACCAGCUUGAAUCUAAAAAAAAAAAAAAAAAAAUUGCACUACCCAAAUAUUGUUUGAAAGUCUAUUUUGUAUAAAACAUAUGCAGACAGAAGCUUUGAGAAAAACAUAGGGCGAAUCACGUUUAACUGGCGUAUGUUUUCUCAAAUAAAAAAAAGCUUUUUUUUUUGUUUUGCUCAAAUUAAGUUUAAUAUGUACAUAUAAUCCAUUGUAAAGAACAUGUGGUGUAUUUGUCUUCAGAUGGUUUUUCAGUACCUACCCUCUGUAUUAUUUCUCCUCUGUAGCGUGACUCUUGUUGAUCUUUUUCCUCCAUCGAUUAAAAAUCGAACCGUAUGUGUUUGUGUGGUACUUCUCAAGUAAAAGCGUCUGUAUGCAGACGUUAGCCCCCCCCCCCAUCUUUCUUUUUUUUAAUAAAAACAUGAAAGAUGUUUUUAUAAAACAUCUUUCAUAAUAAAAGGUCAUUUAGGCAAGAGAAGCAAUAUACAUCUUGCAGAAAUAUUUAUAUGCCUUAACUUUUUCUAAUUUUGUCAUAUAAAUCACAGACUUCAGUGUAUUCACAAGGAUUUUAUGUGUGGAUUGAAAUUAUGUAGUGCGUAUUUAUUAAGUGGAAGGAAAAUGGUGCAUAGUGUUCAAACUGUUUUACAGACAAAAAUUUGAAAAGUUUGGCAUGGCUUUUUUUUUUUAUUAACCACCCUUUACUUAAAUGCCCCUAAAUAAAAUUCAGUCCAACCAA